AUGUUGACAACCACCAGUGUUACUUGGCUGGACUUACUAUGCCUUACCGGUGUUGCUACAGUUGGAAUUUAUUUGGUAAAGCAGACCUUCGUCCUCAAGAAGAAUCUUGCACCAUAUCCACCUGGUCCCCGGGGGUGGCCUCUCAUCGGCAAUAUUUUAGAUAUGCCUCGCACCAAACCCUGGCUGACAUUUACUGAGUGGGGUCAGAAGUAUGGUGAUAUUACCCACAUCGAGGUUCAGGGUCGGCACAUCAUCGUGCUGAACUCUGUUAAGACUGCAAUGGAAAUGAUGGACAGCAAAAGCACUUUAUACUCUGACCGUCCUGUUAUUCCUAUGGCCGGAGAACUUGUUGGCUGGAAGGAUUCUUUGCCUUUGCUCCCAUAUGGCGACCGUUUUCGCCUGUAUCGCAGGAACUUUCAUCAGGUCAUUGGUACCCGUGCCGCAGUGGAUGUAUACAAUGUGAUCGAGGAGGUUGAGACUCACCGGUUCCUCAAGCGUGUGCUUGCGAAUCCGGACCGACUGCAGGAGCAUGUCCAACAUACUGCUGGUGCUGUCAUUUUUCGCAUCUCUCAUGGUUACGAAGUGGAAGAGGACAAUGAUCCCCUCGUUGACCGUGCAGACCGCGUCAUAACCCAUGGUUCCCAGGCCUUGGCUCCUGGUGCCUUUAUGGUCGAUAUUGUACCAUUUUUGGCAAAGGUCCCCGCGUGGUUUCCUGGUGCUGGUUUCAAGCGUACAGCACGUGAAUGGCGUGAGGCCCUCGAAGAGAUAGUUUCUGCAUCUCACAAGUUCGUCAAGGACCAGAUGGUUGCUGGCAUCGCUCCUGUGUCUUUUACCUCAAGUCUCUUGAAAGGCGGUGAUGUAUCUGCGGAAGAAGACCACGUCGCGAAAUGGUCUGCUUUUUCCCUAUACACCGGCGGUGCCGAUACGACUCUUUCUUCGAUAUACUCGCUUUUUCUAGCUAUGACACUUUUCCCUGAUGUGCAGAAGAAAGCUCAGGCCGAGAUAGAUGCGGUCAUCGGUCCUGACCGUCUUCCCUCCUUGGCCGACCGUGAGUCCCUCCCCUAUAUCGAGGCACUUGUCAAAGAAGUCCUCCGCUGGCAUGUUACCGUUCCUACAGGUGUCCCCCACUGUGUGACUGAAGACGAUAUCCACGAUGGGUACUAUAUUCCAAAAGGCUCCUUAAUAAUGCCUAACAUUUGGUUCAUGCUUAACGAUCCGCGGACAUAUGCUAACCCAUCGCAAUUCAAUCCUGAACGCUUCUUGGCUAAGGAUGGAAAGGAACCUGAGACGGAGCCUCAAAAAAUAUGCUUCGGCUUUGGUAGACGUAUUUGCCCAGGUCGCCACCUUGCUGAUGCUUCCAUUUGGAUAUCCACUGUGAUGUCACUGGCCGUGUUUGAUAUUUCCAAGGUUGUUGAGAAUGGUGUUGAGAUCACCCCCGAGGUUGAACCCUUGUCAGGAACGGUGAGCCACUCCAAGCCCUUUAAGUGUUCUAUCAAGCCUCGCUCUCUAACGGCUCUUGGUCUCAUUGAACAAGAUGCCAACUACUAA